GAGCUUUUUGUUCAGUAUUUGGCUUCAUACUCCUACAAACAUGGCAGAGGCAAGGAGAAGAAUGCUCUCACUUACAGCGACCUGUCCCAUACUGCAGAAGAGUGUGAGACGUUUCAGUUCCUUGCAGAUAUCUUGCCAAAGAAGAUCCUAGCUAGCAAAUACCUAAAAAUGCUUGAAAAAGAAAAGCGAGAUGGAGACAUGGGGGAAGAUGAUGAAGAGGAUGGGGAGGAAGAGGAUGAAGAUAGAACUGUUGGUGAAGAUCUUGGGUCUUAAGACCAACAGAGACUUGCUUCAUAGCUGAUGUGUUUUCUAUUGUAAAAAGGAUGUUAUUUUUGUGACUGAAUCCAGGUGCUGGAUAUAUUUAUAUACUGAGCCACACGCUUUUGCU